ACACUGAUCAUUUUUAUACGGGAUGUUCCAUAAAUAACUUGAGAUAAAAAAAUCGUAUAUCUUUAUUUUGGCUCACCCACACCCGAAGUUUUUAUGUUAGUCAUAGAGACUUGUUCAAAGUUUUUUUCAUCCGAGUAGGGUCAACAACCUCUAUUCUGAAGUAAUUAUCAUGAACUUGAAUAAAGAUAUUUUAUCUAUUAUGAAUUAAGAAAAAUACAUACGAAGCGAUCCAUAAUUAAUUUUCAGUUCUAAUCACAGCCAAUGAUAAAAAAUACAAACACAAACUUCAUUGAUAAUACGAUAUUUAUGCGAAUAGACUAAAUUUAGGCAACUAGUUCGUUUCAAUGGUCAAAUUGAUGUUUAAGAUUAUCGAUAUAUCAUUGAAAUUGUUCAGGCAUGAUUUGCAAAACUCAAAGUGUUAUGUUUGAAGGUGUGAAAUAUCGUAACGAUUGAGUUUUAAAUUAAUUAAUUGCUAUUCCACAAAACAAAUGCGUGUAUUUAUUUUUCGAAUAACCUUUCGUAGAAGGAAGAUAAUAGAGAGCUACGGUUAUUGCUACUGGAGAGAGCAGAUAGAGACGCAUCAAACUAUCUAUUAGAGGAUAUUUUAAUCUGAUUUUGUCAAGAGUUUAAAUCGAUCUUUUUGAACACAAACGUACCCUGGAAGGUAACUACGAUAAAUUUUCAAUAAUCAGAUGUGUAAUCGAACUGUUAAUCGAAGAUCUAUUAAACUAAGUAGGGCUCAGACAUUUAGAUUUAGUAGUUUAGAAGUAAUAGAUUGCUCUCAUCCAAUUAUUCUAUUAUUUCCAGUGAAACGAAUCACUUUUUUUUGCUUUUUUUUCUUAUUUUAUUAGAGGCCAAUUUUUCAGUACUCUUUGAAAAUUUAAUCAUAAAGACUUCACAAAACAUCUUUGAAAAAUUUAUUAUAUGCGACUCGAUUCGUCUUGAUCUUCCCUUUCCAACAAUGAUAAUUGCAGUUCUAUCUUGUUUCUAUCAAAAGUUAUUCAAAAAAAACUCACCCGUGAAUUUUUUUCGAAAUGGACAUCAGAUCAAAACACUUUUUCCGUGCAUUAAGGGUACCUGCCCCUUUCCGAGUCAUACACUCCUGUCUUCUAUGAGAUAAUAGGAUCACUAUGGCGAAAAAUGACUCCCUAAUGUUCGCUCCAGUUUCUCCAAGACUAUAUGUUUGAUUGAGCUGAAAGUUGUUUUACAUGGUACUAGAUACUGUUUAUGGUGGAUAUUUGUUUUAGUUUCUUUGUAUCUUUUGUCAUUUCAAUAAAAAAAAAAAAGUCAAAAUACCAAGCCUACCCUAAAAAAUACGUGUUUUUGUUAUUAGAGUAAAUUUUGUGGAAACUGUCAAAAAUCACCAGAGUAACAGUUCGUGAAAAGAAAAAAAUAUUCACCCCGAAUAUUGACUAGAAUAUGUGAAAAAAGUUCCAACUCGAUCUCUCUUACCGUGUCGGAAAAACGGAAGCGAAACAAUCUUUUUGCUAAUUGUUCACACUUGUAUUCAUUAAAAAAAAAUCUUAGAAAAAGGUCUCUAGCUGGAAUCAAUGCAGAUUGUUGUCAAUCAGAAAGAGGAAAAAAUGAUCUUUUUUAAAUUUGUUUUCAUGUCUGUUUAACUGAAUGUUAGUUUAAAAUGCACAUAUAGGUAGAUGAGGUUAUGAAUAUUUGGUUUAUUGAAGAAAAAGAUUCCUAACAAACUAAUGUUGUACAGAUAUGAUCGAAACUAAUUUAAUAGAAAUGAUGCUGAAAAUCGUUGCAGACUGAUCUCUAUAUAUGAAUAGCAAAUAUUCGAUCGAUUUAGAUUAUAUUCACAGUCAAUAUUGUAGCAUUUAUUGACUACGCGAGUAAUUAUGGUAAAUUAGUCAGAGAUUAGUAUCAGCACUAUUUUCAUUUAAUGUGGAAAAAACUGAUACACAUAAAACUAGUUUUGUUAACAUUUUAUUCUGAUUAUAGAUAUAUUGCGUUUCUGAUUAACUGAUAAAUCACCAUUCAGAAAUGUUUUUCUAUUUACUUUUAGCUCAGCAGUGUCACAUAUUCAGAAAGUCGAGGAUGAUGAGAGAUGCACCAGGAGAUGCGGAGAUAAAAAAACAAUAAUCCAAUCAAUGACACAUGAAUAGUAUGUCUACAUGUCAUGCCUUUUCUCAUAUUUUUGUCAUUUUCUUCUUCAAAAAAUAGAUAAAAGUUUUUAAAUAUUUUUCUCUUAAAAUGUUGUCUCAACAAUUUUUGUAUCUUUUCUAUCUUUAUUCUAUUGCUGUCUGUUCCUUAUUGUUCAAUUGGUAUGGUUUUGUUGAUUUUAAUGCAUAACAACUGAAACUGAAAGGUAUGCAUCAAUUAUUUCAUAAAUCAAUAAAUUUAACUGCAAUUAUAGACUGAAGAGUAAAUAACUAGCAUUCGGAAAAUCAGCCAUACUAUCGAUCCAUUACUUCAUUGACGCAUCUAGUUCUAUUGGUGUCGAAAAGUACACUCUUUCUUCUUUUUGGCACCGCCACGUCCUUGUACUUUAUAAAUAGGUUAUUCCCGAUGCCUAUACUGCAGAUCGAUAGUUUGACAUUGAUUUAAUCUUUUUUUCCUGGUAAAGUUUCAUCUCAAGUCCAUACAGAAGCAAAGCAAAAAAAGUCAGACUAUCGAUUGAUUUUAUGAUAUUCUUAGCCGACAAUAGGUCUUCGAUAUUCUCAAUACACUACUGUCAUCUAUUCAUGUCCAUCUUAUAUUGUGUCUUUAAUUUCGUUCAAUAGCUUUUCGAUCCUGUUAUAUCAUAUCAUUCAUGUCCAUCCGUAAUAUGACUAAGAAGAGUGUGAAAUUAUGAAAAUUUCGAUGUAAACAAUUAAGAUAGUAUUAUUGUUAUAAGAGUUUAUUUUACUCCAUUGGAUUUGUUUGUUUAGAAGAAAGAUAAAUUACAAUUUUCUCUUCAGAUUUUUUUUUUUACUUUAAAUUCAAAAGUUAGCUGACUAAUAAACAACAUUCAUUUUCCGUUCUUGCUAAUUAUCUCAAAAGUAGAUAUUCAAAAAUAUAUAGAAUAUUUUCUGUUCAAUUCUUCAAUACAACUUUUAAUUUUAUAAAAUAAAAGAUUUUUUUGUUUGCUUUGAAAGUCAAAUUGAUUACACUUGAAAUGUAUUUUAGAUUGUAUAUAUAUAUAUAUAAAUGUUUGCUAGAUUAGUAUUCAAGAAAAAUUUUUUAUCUUUUCAAAAUAUUUACUGUCGUGUAUUAUUGUCUUUCUUAUCAAAAAAUUACAUAUGUGAUUCUUCAAUUAUUGAAAGUUAUCGAACAAAUGAAAAAUUAAAAGCAAUUAUCGAUCGACAAGAACAUAAAUUCUAUUAUUAUGUUGAUAAAAAUUUGCAACAACAACUACCACCAUCAGUAUUCAAACAAAUCUCAAGUAAUUCUAAUCUACCGGAAAAUUCACAAUAUCUGACCAAUUCUACAUCACAAAAUCAAAGUAAUAAUUCGUCAAAUACAAUUUCUCUUCAUGAAUUUUUUCAAGUAACAUAUUGGAAUGAUCGUAUAAAAGGUACAUAUCCUAAUUUAAUCGGUUUGGAAUUUCUAUCAAUUCGUUAUGGUUAUGUUUCAUCUCAGUUAAUUGUAUGUGAUAAACUAUUAUCAGUGGAUGGUUUUCUUCACGGUGGUGCUAUUGUAGGUUUAGCUGAUGCAACUUGUGGUUGUGGCUGUUUGGCAUCAUUACCAUCGGGAGCUACUACACUUACAACAAUUGAAUUGAAAACGAAUUUUUUAGGAAAAGGCAAAUCAUCAAAUGUAUUGAAAUGUGAAGCUAAAUUAAUACAUGGUGGAAAGACAACACAAAUUUGGGAUGCUCAAAUAACGGAUUUAAAAACGAAAAAACUUAUUGCCAUUUUUCGAUGUACAGAAUUACUUGUUUAUUCAGAAAGUAGUGAAAAAAAAUGA